UGAAUUUACAAAGUUUUAGCAUACUCAUUUUUCAUACUCAGUAAUGUUACUUUACUGACUCUUCAGAUUAAUGUGAAUUUUAAAGGAAUACCCUAGAAUUCCUUGUUUAAAUAAAAAUUGGAGUUUUUUCAAGAAUUUAGGAUAGAUUUUUUAUAUCUACAGCACAACCUGCUUAAAGCUACUGUUUCUUCCUUGUGAUUUUUUUUUAUAUUUUAAAAGUAUGUUCUUUCCUUAGCUACCUCAAUCUGAAUUGAUCAAGUACCAGAAAUACAUUUGAAACACUGAACCUUCCCUUGAAGUUUGCUUCAGAAACAAAAAAUUGUCAUGUUUCACUUGGUCCUUAGAUCAAUUGCAUGAAAAAGUUUAUACACCCUGGUCAAAUUAUAUGUUUCAGUGAAUCCCUAAGUGAACAGAAGCUGAUGUAACAUCUACAUAGUAGAGUGUUAAACAUUAAAUCUUUCUGCAUAUUUGAAUGCAUUCUUACUAGGUAUGUGUAGUUGUUUAAGAAAAGAAAACAAUAAAUAUGGAUAGGGUACAAGUCUGGAUAUCCUUUUUAGUUAGUAUUUGUAACACUUCCUAAGGUGGAUAAUGCAUCUUCCUGAAGCCAUCUAAAGAUGCCCUUGCAGCUCAGAAAUAUUCUCGGGCCUCCUUACAUGCAUUGUGUACUUGAAAUCUCCUCUCAGAUUUUCACUUCUAUACCAGUCUGAGAGCCGUGAAGGAUGCUCCAAAACAGGUCUGUGACAGCUUUCCAAACUGAGGGAUUUUCCAGAACUCAAUAGAUGCAGCACUGUGUUACUGCUACAGAAAAGAGCAACUGACUGACAGGUAUCAGAGAAGGAGCCUACAGUUUGAAUCUUAGGUGAUCUAUAUAGUUCUCUUUGAGGAGUCAAAAAGCAGACAGCUCAUGACUUCUGAUCAGGACACUAAAAUUGUGGCUGAACCGCAGGUGCAGCAAGUGCAAGAAGUUAAGGAUAGUUCUCAUCUGGAGCCAGCCAAGGUUUCAGAAUUAAACCCUAAUGCAAAAGUGUGGGGAAACCACAUGAUACACGUGGAAGCAACUGGUACUGAAAGAGGUGUGAACAAACCUUUGGAAGAAGUAACAGAUCAUCCACCAGAUUCCUGUAAAGAAGCAUUAGAGGCCGAUGGUGAUGGUGACAAAAACCACCAGAAUGAAUCGUUAAAAGGACAUCAAGAACCAUCACUAUCUGUUCCAUUAUCAAAUCAAACAGAUAUGAACCCUUUGGCUCUAGAUCAUGCAGAAUACAAAACAGUACAUGAAAACACUGAGUCAGGAAGUAAAGAAAAUCUUCGGCCAGAAGAUCAAGAACAUUUACGAGAAGCGCUUAAAAAAACACUGGAGUUCUGCUUAUCAAGAGAGAAUCUUGCCAGUGACAUGUAUCUUACAUCUCAGAUGGACAGUGAUCAGUAUGUGCCAAUAAUAACAGUAGCUAAUCUUGAUCACGUCAAAAAGUUGAGCACCAAUAUGGAUUUGAUUGUUGAAGUGCUGCGAUCAUUGCCUUUAGUCCAGGUAGAUGAAAAAGGUGAAAAAGUCAGACCAAACCAAAAUCGCUGUAUUGUAAUUUUGCGUGAAGUACCUGAAUCCACUCCAAUUGAAGAGGUUCAAGCACUCUUCAAAGGCGAGAAUCUGCCUAAAUUCAUCAACUGUGAGUUUGCGUAUAAUGACAACUGGUUUAUUACAUUUGAGUCUGAAGCGGAUGCACAACAGGCUUACAGAUACCUUAGAGAAGAUGUGAAAACUUUCCAAGGAAAACCAAUUAAGGCGCGAAUAAAAGCAAAAGCUAUAGCUAUAAAUUCAUUUUUGCCAAAAAAUGGAUACAGACCAGCGGACAUGAAUAUCUACACACAACAGCGUUAUACAACAUCAUUUGCAUACUUACCUCCAGUAUACGGACCCCAACAGCAAUUUCCACUAUAUAGUUUAAUUACACCACAAGCCUGGUCUACAACACAUAGCUAUAUUGAUCCAUCAUUGGUCACCCCAUUUCCAAAUACUGGAUUUAUCAAUGGAUUUACAGCUCCUACUUUCAAGCCAACUGUUACUCCACUUGCUACUCUUAGGCAGUAUACACCAAGAACCAGAAAUCCCAGCAAAUCAUAUCUACGGCAUACAAUUCCUACUGUAGACAGAGGGACUGGAUUACUAGAGAGCCCUACAAUAUUCAAUCUUUCUGCUGACCGAUUAAUCAACGGUGUCAGGAACCCACAAACCAGGCAUCCAGGACAAAACAGGACACGGAUGCAAAGUACUACAAGCUAUAUAAAGCGAGAUGUAGGGAGCGGGCGAGUAGAAUCCACGGCUUCAGAUUCAUCCCCCAGCUUAGGCAGAGGAAGAAAAAACUCUUACGGCUAUCGAAAAAAGAGAGACGACAAAUUUGUGAGAGGACAAACGCAGUCUCCACCGCCUAUAAAACCGCCAUCUCCAAGUUUUGAGCUGGGGUUGUCCAGUUUUCCUCCCUUGCCUGGAGCUGCUGGCAAUCUAAAGACUGAAGACAUGUUUGAAAACCGGUUGUCAAAUGUGAAUGUGUCAUCAAAAGAAAAAGGCAUCAGUGUAGGUACAAACACAGUACCAUCUGGGAUUCCUCGUGAGAUUUAUUUGCCGGUUUCUUCUGCUCUGCCAAGGACAUCCGAAACACCUCCUUCCCCAUCCCAGGCUCCUGAUGAUCCCAAAGCUAUGGACAAGCAGAAAGAAACUCAAAAUACUCAAAGACGUUGGUACAUUGUUACUACUGCUUCUAAAUCAGUACAGGUCAAUGGGGACCUUCUAGCACAGGAACGGCGAAAACCUAGUUAUGCAGAAAUCUGUCAGAGGAUUAGUAAGGAUGCAGCUCCAUUGCAGUCUCAAAAAGAACAGAAGCCAAACACUGUUGCUUGUGGGAAAGAGGAAAGGAAAUCCACAGAAACACUAGAAAGAAGCAAAGAAUUGAAGUCUAAAGACCAGUGGAGACCAUCAGGACACAGGCCUCCUCUUCCUCCAUCCGUUGGAAAACGUCUGACUAAAGAACAGAGCACUCCUCCCAAAUCUUCUCAGUGAAAGUAGCACUUAGGUUGAAUUUCAAGAAGUUUUCACUAUGAAGUUACCCUAUGUUGACACUCAGAGUACAAAGAAGGAGUUGCUGGUUAAAAGCUUGCAGGGGUUAUGAAGUAUAUGAAAUGCCUGCUAGAGGUUUUUUUUUGUUGUUUGUUAUUGUUUAUUUCUUUGUAAAAUAGUUUAUUAUUAUUCUUUUCUUACAUCCUUAUCAAAUUCCCCUUGAGCAACCAGUCAAUUCCGUCGGUUUAAUUAAAUUUUAUAUUAGGUUGGUGCUGAACAUAAGACAAUGCCUAAAAUCUUUUUUUUUUUUAUAUUAUUAGAAGGAAGAUGCAUUAAUCUGAAAUCCAUUUUUAUGAAGCCUCCAUGUAUGGAUGAAUACAAGCUCAUUCUAAUGAGGUUUUUUUUCCUAAUUUACUAGACAGAACUGUGCUGCUGUAUAUCUUUGAAUAAUUGGUUUGUAAGUAAGAAUCUUCAAAAAAAAGUCCUGAAUACUAAUAAUAGCUAAUACAUAAAGUAUAAAGCAGAACAGAUGAUUUACAAAUCAGUAAGACAAGUUAACUUUUUUUUUUGAAAUUCCAGUUGCUGUAGCAAAUCAGCAGAGUAUUUUUUUUUUAAGUUUAAAAAAAUAAAACUGGUUCUAAUAUUUUUGUUUUUGGCCAAAGGAGAACAUCAUAAAGAUCAACUGAGUUCUCUAGAUUAUUUGCAUUGAUAGAUUGUAAGCAAGUAACCAGUUUCUCAGUCCAAGAUGAAAUGAUCUCAUGACCUUCUGGAAAAGAAAAAAAAGCACAUUAUAAAUUAAUUAAAUGUGCCCUUGUGUAUGGUGGAUGCAAGCUAAUGGCAGUUUUUCACAAGAUAGCACAAUAGCACUCUUGUGAUGAAGAUUUCAGUUUUUUGUCCUUCUCUCAACUGGGAAGAUAAUUUUGAACCCUUUUCUGAUUGAAACCCAUGCUCUGUGUAAGUUUUCAAAACUGUGUUCCAAAUGCUCUUUGAAAGAGUUUAUAUCUUAAAUCAGCCUGAGUGCUGACACUUUCUAUACCUACCAACAUUGGCACAUGGAUUUAAUUUCUUUCUUUUAGUCCAUGAAUUGAUGGUGUUUUAGUAUGUGUGUGCAAGUAUGCACAAGAAAGACAUUGCCCUGUACCCUGCCUGGAUGACAUUUACUUUAGAAGCAAUAUGCUUUCUGAAGGACAAAGCUGCACUUAAUACAUUUCUAAUAAAGUUGCUGAUAUAUUUUUUUUUAAAUACCUAAAGCUUUUCUUUUUGGGUGUUUAAGCAGCAGAUGGUUCAGAUCAAAAGGUGUUCCUACUAAGUAGUUUAUUCCACCUACACACACACACACAUGCAUACACACCAAAAGAUUUAAACAACUGAUUUUUUUAAAAGAAUUAUUUCCAUCCAAUUUUUAAAGACUUGAAUUUUAUUUAAACUUGAAAAUGACUUUGCCUUAACUUUUGUAUAAGACAGCUUAGAAUUAUUGAAGUCUGACCCCAUUAAGGGUUAGCACGGGGUGGCAUAUACAGAAUUACUCAGUUACAGUAUCUAUGUACUGUCACUGGCCCUACUGGGUAAACAUACUCUAGUACAGGUCAUAGUGGCAGUUUUUGUAAUAUACCUUAAAAAGAUCUUAAGCAGUUGAUCUUUUUCAAAAUGUUGAAAAAAAAAUCUGUAAAUGGAAAUAGUCAAUACUGUAUUAAAAUGUGCACUUGGAAGUGUGUGCUUUUGCUUGUACAGGUGUAAAUAAUCAGAACAUAUAAAAAGGUACCAUUAAAAAACCUGAUAAAAAUUAUUGAUAUAUUAUAAAUGUUGCUGUUGAACUGGAUGUAGAUAACUAAGUGUUGUGGUUUGGAUAUUACUUUAAUUUGUUUUUCCCUUGUUUCUUUUUCUUUACUCUGAUAAGUUGAGCUAAGUCUGCCUCUUCACUGCUAAGGGGAAUGGAAGAAAGCCUGUCUUUAAAAGUCCUGACAUUGUAAAUACUUUCUGGAAGUUUUGCAUUUUGUUUAUAUGGAACACAGGUGUGCAGUAUAAAUUUCAAUUCCUAGGACCUGAAAUUAGUAUUACUUUAAUGAAUUAGGAAGAAACAACAUUGCCACCAGAAGCUCCCACCCCAAGUAUAUUCAACUACUUGUAGGCCAACACAUUAGUAAAACUGGAUUUAAAAUUUCCACAUAGCUAUUUAAAAAGCAAACAAAUAAAAAUCCUAGAGCAGUUGAUCUUCUAACAUAAGUUGCUGCUAUUUAUAAUUAUCCUUACCAAAAGAAAAACAAACAGAUCAUCUUGCUCCUUGCACUGCAGACUUUAAAAUGGCAAGUUGAGUCUUGUUUGUUAUUUCCUGAGAAGAUACACAAGAAGAGAGUCAAAAUCAUCUUAUAUAACCUUGGUUUAUCAUUGAUCCUUUCCCCCCCACUCCCAUGAGCAGUGAAAGGGGCAGUGAGACAGGAGGUAUAAUUUUGGCCAGCGAUGAGUUGUCUUCAUUUGCCUGCUGAGAGCAUGAAUACAACAGCUGCAAACAAAGAGAAGAGGCCACAAGUAUAGAGCUAAUCAUUGGAGAUAGCUUACAAUAACUUUUGCAGGUCAGUAGAUAGGCUGUAUUAUUUUUAAUGCAUUUGCUGCUGCUCUUUAUACUAGGCUAAUACACUGUAAUUCUCACUCAAAUAACAGUCUGUUUACUGUGAUGACUUUUUUUUUCUUUAAAAGAAAGUGUCAUGCCAAAUAAUUCCAGUAAUUUUUAAUAUUCUUGUAUUCAAACAGUUCAGGACUAUUUAACAACACAGGCUAUUUAUGUUUAGCUAUUCAGAUCUGCCUUUUU